UACAAGUGUGUUUUACAUGAGCUUUGCUGCAGUCGUAGUUGAAUCCAGUUUAUCGAAAUGGCGGAGACGGCAGACGGAAUGGAGGUGUCCCAGGGUGAGAGCUCAGUGAAACCUGCAGCAGAAGAUAUGACCUCCAAAGACUACUACUUUGAUUCCUAUGCACACUUUGGCAUUCAUGAGGAGAUGCUGAAGGACGAAGUUCGUACUCUGACGUACAGAAAUUCCAUGUUUCACAACAAGCAUCUCUUCAAGGAUAAAGUGGUGCUGGAUGUGGGAAGUGGAACCGGCAUCCUCUGUAUGUUUGCAGCCAAAGCUGGGGCCAAGAAAGUUAUUGGGAUUGAGUGCAGCAGUAUAUCAGACUAUGCUGUGAAGAUUGUGAAGGCCAACAAGUUGGAUCAUAUCGUUACCAUUAUUAAGGGAAAAGUGGAGGAGGUUGAUCUUCCCGUGGACAAAGUAGACAUAAUCAUCUCUGAGUGGAUGGGAUACUGUCUCUUCUAUGAAUCAAUGCUCAACACGGUCAUUUAUGCAAGAGACAAAUGGCUGAAACCUGAUGGUCUGAUUUUCCCUGACAGAGCCACGCUCUACGUCACUGCUAUUGAGGACCGACAGUACAAGGACUACAAAAUUCACUGGUGGGAGAAUGUUUAUGGAUUUGACAUGUCCUGUAUCAAGGAAGUGGCCAUUAAGGAGCCUCUAGUGGAUGUUGUUGACCCCAAGCAGCUUGUGAGCACUGCCUGCCUCAUUAAGGAGGUGGACAUCUACACCGUGAAGAUUGAGGACUUGUCCUUCACGUCACCUUUCUGCCUGCAGGUGAAAAGGAAUGACUACAUCCAUGCACUGGUAACCUACUUCAACAUAGAGUUCACUCGCUGCCACAAGAGGACUGGCUUCUCUACUAGUCCUGAGUCUCCUUACACUCACUGGAAGCAGACUGUGUUCUACCUUGAUGACUAUUUGACUGUAAAGACUGGGGAGGAGAUCUUUGGCACCAUCAGCAUGAAACCUAACGUCAAGAAUAACAGAGACCUGGACUUUAACGUUGACAUCGACUUCAAGGGUCAGCUCUGUGAGGUGUCCAAGACGUCAGAGUACAGAAUGCGCUAGAGUCCUUUAGCAUCAGUGUGUGCGUGGCAUUUCAGAGCAGUGUAUGCGUGUGUGAAUCAUGUACUUUGUUACAUGACUGUGUGCGACGGACAUUUUUAGAUAUUCUGUUUUACAGAAUGUUGUCUGACAUGGAGUUAUUGAACAUUUUUAAAUUAACUUUUUUUUUUUUUUUCUUUUGAUUUGUGUAAUGCACCAAACGGGACUAAACAUGGUAGAUUUGUGCUUUUUUCCAUGUGCAAAUUUCCCUUUUGGCUGUGCUUUUUCCAAAUUUUAGGUGGACCAUCUUAGAUGGGAUCCAUUGAACUUAUGCAUGCGUGCGCACGCAUACAACUGCUCUCUUUUGCCUCUAUGACAUGUCAUCCAUGUGUACGUCUUUUAUUUUUAUUUUCUCCUGCCAUGAUGAUGUGUUGGUCACUGUAAAAAAAAAAAAAAGAAAUGCAAAUUAACUUUGUAUUUUGGUAUUUCAUCUGGUUAAGCUAACAUAUUCCAUGUAGGUAAAACCUGUUGUCAUGUUUCACUGUGGUCAGGAGCUCGACCCAGUGAUUUCUGAAUGAGCCCAUAUCAUUUUGUAUUUCUGCUGUUUUGGACCAUCAGUAGAGGGCACCUCCAAAAUGUGCCCUUUGUCUUCUGUGGAGUAACUCUUUUAAUUCAUGUAGUGCUCCUAUGUCCUCCUUUUGUAACCCCUCCCCCCUCGCCCCUCCCCUUUUUCUUUUUUAAAUGAUACUUGUGGCAAUGACCCAAAUGGAGGAUAAUAUCGAGAUGGUGUAGUAUUCUCUUGUACAACUCAUAGAUGGUGUUAAUGAGCACUAUUUUAGAUCUUUUGAUCUUUUUAAUGUCAUAUAGGAAGACUCUUCAUCCAAUGGCUGACUGUUUAGUUUAAGCUUAUCUGCUGCUCUUUUGCACUAUAAGCACUUAACUAAGUUUCUCAGACCCAGAGCUGCCGUUUAAUUCCACGGAGGAAAACCUUCAGACUAAAUUUUCCAUAGAAGUGCUUUUAUUGAAGGUUGAUGCUUUUCCUGUGUUUGAGUGACUUCACAUUUGUUCCAUAUUGUGAUCUCUCAUAGUGUUGCUGUGUACAACAGUGUUUUUGUUGAGGGGUGCAAGUUCACGUUGUGUCUAGCACUGGUCAGGAUUAUUACCAGGCAGGCAUUUGUCCACUAGGAAUUGUUUAUUCUUUACUUUUCUUUUUUGAAAUAAAAACAAAUUAAACCAGCA